UGUGUGAUGUUGGUACGGGUUAUCUUCGUGCUUCUUGUCGAAUUGAGUAUAUUGUAUCAGUAAAGAAUUUAUAACUUAAAAAGAGCCUUAUGUCAAAUACGACGUCGUUUUGUAUGGAAAUGGAUUUUUUACACCGCUGAAAAAAUAAAAAGAAAACUCGGAAUCUCUUCUUCUUCACUCAAGAAGUCGCUCUGAAACUUGGAAACCACAUUUUUGUUCUCUCAAGAGUCUGUUUUUUUUUUCUGGCCCAAUCAGGCUAGAAUUGUGAAGUAUAAAAGUAAGCAAAUUGACAAUGGCGACUCCGACGGAGCUAGGUUUCUCUUCACCUGGUGGUGGUGGUGACGACUCUGACGAUAACCCUCCACAGAAGCGUACUUCAAAACGUACUGCUUCCGAAACAGCAACAGAAGAAGAAACGAAGAAGAAGAAAAAGAAGAAGACGAAGCACAACACAAAAAUGGCUUCUCCUCCGAGCAACCGGAUCUGGAACGAAGAAGACGAGCUCUCUAUCUUAAAGGGAUUGGUGGAUUUUCGAGCUAAAACAGGACUCGAAUCCAAAAUUGAUUGGGAUGCGUUUUAUUGUUACGUCAAAGGUUCCAUUCAUGUGAAAGUUUCCAAGUGCCAGCUUAUGAGUAAGACCAGGAAGUUGAAGAAGAAGUUCCUUGAUCAAAUGGAGAAAAUCGAUCAAGGAAAUGAUCCACAUUUUACUAGGUCUAGUGAAACUGAAGCUUUUGGAUAUUCCAUGAUGAUUUGGCGUAAAAUUGAUGCUGAAUACACUAAUGGUGUUAUGGAUAAAGCACAUCAAAGCGAGAGUGGAGAGGAGGUGUUUGAGGAGGAUGAGGAAGUGGCCUUAAUUGACAAAGGGGCUGCGAAAAGUGGCAAGUCACCUCAUGAAGCUGUUGUUGUUGUUGACAAAAUAACUACGAAGAAGAACGGGACUGCUGGAAAAGAGAGUGAUGAUGAUGAUGAUGAUGUGUUGUGUGCUGUGCGGGAUGCGUUUGAGACCACCAUGAUGUCGCAAGGAUUAAGUGAUUAUCAAAAGAAGUUGCAGCUUGAGAAGCUGAUGAACCUUGGAACUGGUAAAAGAAGAGAGUUGAGCAAUGAAUGGAAAGCACUAUGUGUUGAGGAACUAAAAUUGAAUAUCAACAAGCUUCGAUUUUCCGCCAAGCUUGCAGAGGCAGCAAAUGAUGGUAAAUAAAAUGAAGAAACGCCAUUUCAGCAUUUGGUGUUUGUCGUUUCGGAAUUGGCUUGAAAAAUAUAGUUUACUUCUUACUUCUUACUACUUAUUAGCCAUAGACCAUUUACCUAUAAAUGUGGUUUAUGUCUUUAGCUUUACUACAACUUCUGGUGAUUGAUCUACUUGGGAAAGUAUUUGUACCAUUUCACUUUGAUUUUUACCA